AUGGCUCCUUUCAUAAUGGUUCUGGAGACAUCGUCUCGUUUGCCUCUCGUCGGCCGUUUCAUCCUCGCAGGAGUUGCAUUUUCAACCAGCGGUAUCUCCACUGCACUGGUGGCUUGGUGUGGCCGGCCAUACGUAACGACGCUCCGGUGGAUCGAGCCCGAGGCUCUGGGAGCCGGCAGUGGUCGCGCCGUCGAGAUGACCACCCUGACGCUCGCGCUGCGCGAGCGCAUUACCCGUGUGUACGACACUGCAUUCCUCGUCCCUGCCGGCAGGCCUUUCGCUACGUGGGAGCUUGCCGAGGCUUUCCAGCUGCCGAAGGAAGAGGCUGAACUGGAGAGAAGCCAGGGCACUCUGCCGAGGGAGGAGACAAUUGCGGAGACGAUGACCAACAAAAAAGAGGUUAUUGGGAGGUGGAUCGUGCGCUGGGAUGAGAAUGGAAGAGGAGUUUGCAGGCAGGUUGGACAAGUUGUCCGGAACUUCAAUGUACACGAAGAGCUGCUUGACAAGCCCGUUCGCUGA